UCGAAGCUGACUUUGAGCACCUCUUCUUGCUCGCGAAAGCGUUCGACUCCACCAUGAUCGGCCGCACCGACUCAGCGGCCGAGAAGAAGAAGAGGGACGGCGUGAAGCGCGUGGUGGAGUGGCUGGAGGACUUGCUGCCCGAGGAGGAGAAGGACGAGGAAUUUGGCGGGAAAGCGCCUGCGGGCCAGGAGACGAAUGUCAUCUGCAAUCAGCUGGAAUGCAAGGAGCCGGGCUGCCCGCCGGUGGAGCUGGUCAUGACGCUGCUCCGCGCAAAGCCUAAGCAAAAGCUGAUGUUCAAGAUCUUCAAGGCGGCCUCGGAGGUCACGCGCGAGGAGGUGGACGCGGCGAUGAAGCGCGCGAUCGCGGAGGAGGCCGGGGAGGCGCACGACCACGGGCACGCCGACGGCAAGCACGCCGACGGCUGCUGCGGGCACGACCACGAGGAGAAGGCGGACCACGGGCACGCCGACGGCAAGCACGCCGACGGCUGCUGCGGGCACGACCACGACGAGAAGGAGAAGGCGGAGCACGGGCACCACGACCAUGGCCACGCCGAGAAGAAGGCGGACCACGGGCACGCCGACGGCAAGCACGCCGACGGCUGCUGCGGGCACGACCACGACGAGAAGGAGAAGGCGCACGAGCACGGGCACGGAGCGGAGAAGGCGGACCACGGGCACAAGCACUCUGGCGGCUGCUGCGGGGGCGACGAGGAGUUGCCGGCACGCAUGAAGGCGGCGCAGGAUGCCAAGUCGCACGCACACGGGCACUCGGAGGAAAAGGCGCGCGCGCGGCACCCGCCCGCCUCCCCACCCGCCUCUCGCCAUGCGCUCUCGCCUUGCUUUGCACAGGCCGACCACGGCGCGCACGGGGACGGCUGCUGCGGCCACGAUCACGCCGAGAAGGGUGCGCACGAGCAUGGGCACGCGGAGAAGAAGGACCACGGGCAUUGA